UGCAGCGAAUGUAUAGAUAUUUUUGGAUAAAUAGUAGAUAAAAUAAAUUCUUAGAAAUAAUAUUAUUUCUAAGAAAUAAAAAUAAAUAUGUUAUACGUUUUAGGGAAUUCAAUAACAUGAGAAAGCAGCUAGAAAAUAUGCCGAUGAAAGAAGAUUUCAUAACCAUCACCCAAAAACUUGAUAAACUGUUAAAAAAGCAAAGCAAUAAAAUGCCAAUGAAACCACACUGUAUUCCAUUAAAAUCCGUCAAAGAAGUGCAGAACUUCGACAAUAUUGACGAAGAACAGUACAACGAAGUGGUGACAUAUCUCAAAUACUUGGGAGGACAAACUUUGGACGAAAGUGUAAAAUUUUGCAUGAAACAAAUAAUAACGGACGAAGCAUUAAAUAAAUAUUCCUUAUGGGGCGAAAAGGACCGGAAUCUCGAACUUUAUAAUACUCAGUUAUUAUAUGCAGUAUAUGAAGCGGUAGCAAACAGCCCUUAUUUUGCGGUACCUGACCAACAAAAAUUUUAUGAUGCUGUGAAAGAAUCCAUAAGAUUCGCUAAACAACGACUGCGAAAUUCUGUUCGUAGACAACCAGGAGAGAAAGGUCGCCGAACAAGGCGGCGCGAGGAAGCAGAUGCCAUAUUUGGCACAAGAAACAGAGAAGAGGAAGAAGAAAUAAGCAAUAGAGAAGAAGAAGAAGAAGAAGGAUGAUGAUGAUGAUUAGAUA